GUCUUCAUGGAGCUCCUAUAGGUGGGAGGACCGCUGGUUAUGGGGGCCACCUUGGCAGCUUUCUCUUUGCAUGCUCACCCUUAUACCUUGGCCUGCCUUUCCGGGCACAGAUGCCAUCCGCCCGCUUCCCCACCAUGCCUUUGUCGGGGUUUGGUAUUGUGUUUACACAUUUACGUCACCCUUUCAAAGAAGGAGCCGAAUAAACCCAGAAAGGUAGCAUCCCCCCAGAGAGGAGCAGCUGAGAGCGUGCGGCUGGUGUCAGCAACAACCGCUUAACACUGACUUUGUGAGAUUCAGGCUCGGCUGUGUGUCUCUCCCUUGCGACUAUUCUUGGUGGUAUGUCCUCAUGAUAUGUUGUGUUUGGAUUCCCUGACAACUCAAAGCGGUGCGCUAAAAUGGCUCUGCGACAUGCUGCCUCUCAAAACACGCUGUGACCCGGCGCUCAGAAGGGAUCAUGAGAGGGACUUGGAGCUGGACAAAAAGAUUGAGGCUCUCAGAAGAAAGAAUGAGGCGCUCAUGAAGAGAUACAAGGAGGUCGAAGCGGACAAGAAAAGAGCAGAAGAAGAAGGAAUGGCGCUGCAGAGCCGUAAGGGCAAAGCUGAUGAUCUAACGAUCACAGUAAACAAGUCCACUUGUGUCAGUCGUGUGGUGGUGACCAAGUCCUUUAACAGCGGCUCACCUGCUGGGAAAGGACAAGAGGAAGUAGGAGCAGGCCGAUGGGAGGAAAUUACUGUGCAGCCUGCCGGCAGUGUCGGCAGAGGGCACAAGAAGCAGCUCAUUGUCACCAUGGCUGGCAAAAAGGGUAAGAGAGUGGUGUGUGAGAAGCCUGAAAAGAGGCCAGACCCCCCAUGUCCGUCAGAUGUCAAGAGCCCAGCUGAUGAGCUCCAAGCUGGCAGCGUGGAGGUGGCAGGGAUCGGAAAACAACCAUGUCACAUGACCAAGAUGGACAUUACAGCACAGGAGAUGGAAAUCACAGAUCUCAACGUCCCCACAUCGAAGGAGGAGCAAGAGGAGUACCUGCAGUGGAAAAAGGAGCGCGAGAAGAUUGACAAGGAGAGAGUGGCGCGUCACAAGAACGCCAAGGGACAGUGGAGGCGGGCGUGGGACAUAGACAAAUCAGAGAACAUGUUUUUAGACAAAUCCCUGCCGGACAGAGAUUGGGUGCCUGCAAAUCGAGGAGGACGAAGCACCAGAAGAGGACAGCAUAGGUCUGGUGCUGACACACGAGGUCAUGAGAAGCGAGGCAAAGACAAGUCAACUAAAAACGUACAAGUAAUGAGCAGCAACGCAAAAGGCAAAGAUCGUCUGACCGGGAGGGCCAGAAGAUGGCAAGAUCAAGAAGAAGAAUAUAACCUACAGACUUCUGAUACACCAUUGGAGGAAUUCCUGGAGGAGCUUAAUGCGCUGACAGACGCUGAGGCACAAGAGCAAAGAGACCAGGACUCAAAAACUAAGCCGUCACAGAGUCCAGAUAUUUUAAACGCCUGUGAGGAAGUGAGGGGAUCCAAAGGUUCUUUGGCUACCUUGAGAGCAGACACCUCAACGCAGGAGAAAGCAGAUGCCUCUCCCCCUCGGGCUUCAGAGAAGAAAGUGCGAUUCUCGCAGGAGCUCAUCCAGGGGGCUCACGCAAAGCAAAUCACAGGCUUUCAGGAUUCCUCCAACUCUGAAUCCGGUCCAACAUUCUUUUUAAAAGCUCCCUCGCAGAAAAAAAUCUGGCACAAAGUGCCCCAGCAGCAUCUGGAAAGUGCCAAGGAUGAAGAGAGUCAUUGCCAGCAGCAGGCUUCUGAAAGUCAAUGUUCAAAAAAAGACAUCAGUGCCCCCACAGCGCCCUGCUGGCCCCCUGCUGACAAGGCCUGCGCUUCUCGACUGGAAAGCUCUGUCCAGCCCGUGGAGCUCACCAAGUCCAACGAAAACACAGAACAAGCUACUGACUCGCAUGUAUGCGUCUCCAGCCUGGAAUCAGGGACGUCACACCCGGAACACUUUAGCUGCAGCGACAAGGCAAGAGAGCACGGCAGGAUUGUUUAACGUGUUCGGGAUGCAAAUACUGAAAGACUCGGAAUGCGGAUGCUCAACGGAGGCGUGGCUUCCUGUCCUUGCGGUGUGUCACAUCCCUUUGAUCCGACAUAAAGGAGUAUCGCUGCACCCGAGGACACGAGCAUACGUGGCGACACAUCAUUUCCCAUGUGUGCAUUUGAGUGCAACGCCGCUGACUGUUUACGUGUUGUCGUAUGCGGGGUGGAAGGUACGUUCGUGUAUCAUUACAGGAAGUUGGCCUUGAGAAGAGACAUUAGAUUUAGUCUAUUUGUGUAGUGCCCGAUUGUGCCCUUGGGCUAGUUUCAAUAAUGGGAAAACAUCUGCACUAUAAGGGGGAAUAAAAAAAAAAAAAAGUCAUCAACUUUCCAUCCAAUCAGUGUGAGGAGCUACUGUGUUAGCAGCUGCGUCCAGCAUCAGUCGGUGGCCUUUUGUAACUCACUUUCAUUACGACAUAAAGAUUUUAUUUUUUCAGCAAACGAGUUGAUUUGUAAACUAAACUACUGACAUUGAACCUGUAUGCUGUUGAAAAAACAGUAGAGACAGAGAGCAUUUUACAAGGACUGCUCGGAUGCAUGGUCGUCUCAUACCGUAUCCAUUUGCACAUACGACAGGGCAUACGCACGCCAUAACUUGAUUUAAAAACGGAAAGCUCCUCUUGACACAUUGACAUGUUUCUACGUUUCAAAUGGAAGCUAUGCGCGGCGAUGUAUAGUUAAGAACAUCAUGGGGUCAAAAUCUCGGGACACUAUCUGACUAAUAUUUUAUGCACUUGAGAAGAAAUGGACGUUUUGCACAUUUGUCGGUUUGACAGCAGGGAUAUGAAGUCUACUGGUCAUGCCUUCAAAACGAAAAUUUUUGCACUUGUUUUUAUGCCGUUUAAAUUGACAGACAGUUGUGCAACUCGUAAUUUGUCCACCGAGGCCUCGAGGCGCAUCUGGGAGGGAAUCACUUGAGAUGUUGAAAAUAAAUCAAGCGCGGCCAUGACGGUUUGUCAGUCACACAGAUUCAACCGCAGCUGCCAUUUCACGCUGUUUUCUUUUGUCGGUUGUGGCGGGGGGAAAAAAAAUUUGACAAAGCAUUCUGAGAAUGUUGUCGUGCCUUGUAUUUUCGCUUCAUCAACUAUAAUUGACACAGUGUAUUCAUCAACGCACACUUUCACUUGUCUAUCACGCUUCUUCACGGAAGUGUUUUUAAAAUGUGUUUCCAUUCAACAGAGUCAAAAUCACGUGACGUAGCCUUAUCUUUUUUUGUCCAAAUAUGAUCUUGUAGUGUAGUUAUGUUACAUAACCAUACGUCUAGUGGUUAAAUGACCUGUUGCAAGGUUUUUAAAGUUUCAACUGUGGUUACAUUCAAAAGAAAGGGGGGUGGGGGGGGACGUCAGGUUACAGGCAGAAAUGUACUGGGGAAAAACACAGUUAAGGCUUUUGCAACCGUGAAACAAAAAUCUGUCUUGUUCUAAUUUGAUAGAAGAGAGUGCAGUUGACCUUAUUUUUAAAUCCCCUUUGGGAGUUUAGAAUAUUUAUUUUUAGCAGGUUGUUCCAUGUCAUUUGUAUUUCGAUGUAACUGUCACGCUUCAAAUCGGGCAUUAAAAAGAUGGUUGAAGCUCCGCA